AUGUCUUCGCCGCCGCCCAUCCCGUCGCUUCCGCUGCCGACCGUCACCACCGCGCCAAUGGCCUUCUCCACCGCGCCGCUGCCCUCCCCGUCCGUGCCGCUGGUCGCAUCGUCCGGCGCCGCCGCCACCCAGAUGACGGCGCCCUCCACCGCACCACCGGCCGCCACCUACACUCCGGAGGAGAUCACCGAGGUCCUCAACGAUCUCGUCGCCGCCGUCCAGGGGAUACGACUAUACCUAGCCGGCCCCUACGGGCCGCCGCCGCGACCGGGCCAGCCGCCCGGCCGUGGUAUUCGGCACCCGCGGCGCCGACCGGGCCUCUACACCACCACUGGCCGCUUCAGCCGCCGCCCGCCGCCGUGCCCCAAUGGCCGCAGUGGCCGGCGCCGGCCCUCGCCGCGUCACCCAUGCCACCCGGGUCCUCGCCGCCACCGCCCUGGCAGCCUUGGCAGCCGCCGCACCCCGAGGCCACCGCGACGCUGGUCGGGCCGCUGCAGCCCUCGCUGCAGCUAUAACCAGCCCCCUCCACCGCCCCGAUCUGGCCACAAUGGCCGGCCGCGGCCAUCGCCGCCCCCGUCGCCUCCGCCAUUUCUAGGCAGCUGUUGCUGCCGGCGCCUCCGCCGCCCAGCAACGGGCUGA